AUAAAAUCUAUCGGCCCCUCUCUCUCUCUCUCUCCAAUUUAUUAUAUUAUAAUAAUUACUCUCCGUAUAUUGCAUCCUAUCCCCCCUUUGUUUCUUUCCCCCUCUCCACCCUCCCUAUAUAACCUUCCAGCCUGGAGCCCCAGAUUUGCAGAACAAACCCACCGGCUUCGAACGGCGCUGCUCUCCUUUUUAUUUAAUCCUCCCUCUCUUCCUCAAAUCGUAUUCUUCCUCCUCAAAUUGUAUUCCUCCUCCGCGUGGGUGGUAGAGCGAGCUACGUUUGAAACCAGGCGAUUGAUUUCCCCUUUGCCUCGUCUGGACCUCUUUUGGCUCUUAACAGAUCGGGUUUCCUCAGAUCGAUCUCAUCAAGAUGGCGGAAGAACAGAGAUGCCAGGAGGGGCACCGCCUAUGCGCGAACAACUGCGGCUUCUUCGGGAGCCCGGCGACGCUCAACCUUUGUUCCAAAUGCUAUCGCGACUACCGCAUCAAGGAGGAGCAAGCCUCGUCGGCCAAGAUCGCCGUGGAGAAAUCCCUCGCCCCCUCUUCUAGCUCCCCCUCCUCCUCGUCCGCCGUCGCCGCCGUUGCUGUGAUGGGUCCUGCCGGAGAGGUGAGGGGUCCGGUCGUCCCGACCUCGCCGGCGGCAGCGGUGGCGGCGGCGUCGCAACCAAGCCGGUGCACGGCGUGCCGGAAGAGGGUCGGGCUGACGGGGUUCCCGUGCCGGUGCGGCGCGACCUACUGCGGGACCCACAGGUACCCGGAGCAGCAUGGCUGCGCCUUCGACUUCAAGGCGGCCGGCCGGGAGGCCAUCGCCCGAGCCAACCCCGUCGUCAAGGCGCACAAGCUCGACAAGAUCUAGAUCGAUCUGUAUCGCCCUCUUCGUUCGUAUUCGAUCUCGUCCGUCCAUCAGUCAGCCGGCGGUCUCGUUGUGACGUUGUUGUUUAAACGACGGGCGUGAUCCUUCCUUGCUUGAAGGGACGCCGGGAUAUCCGCGUGGAUGUUGGCUUGUGCUUUUUUUUAUUUUUUUUUAUAUUUUUCUUUUUCUUUGUUUAACAAAAAAUGGGCAAAAAAUGGGAAAAAUGGGUAUAAAGUCCAAAUGGAAACGGUUGUAUUACCGUUAGUAUAUUUUCGUUUUGGUUUUAAAUAUUUAUUCGCUUCUUUGGUGGGCGAAGAAGGGUGGCUAGUUUCCGUUGUGCUAUUUGAUCUUUUAUACGCAGACGAUGCCUUUUGAAU